AUGGCACAGAAAACGGAUUUGCAAAAGAUGAGGGCAAUAGGAGUCUCUGAGCGAGAAUCCGGUGCAUUGGAACAGCAAAUUGACCAAAGUCUCAAAUACGAUGGAGGUGUCAGUGGCGAGUCACAUACCGAGGAGAUUCUUCGCAUUGGAGAAGGCGCGGGGCAAAAUGGAGAGACCAAUGGGCACAACGAGCUGGCACCAGCAAAAAUAAGCCACGAAGAUUUAAGCAAGAUUAGAAAUUUCAAGCAGGCCCAGGAAAGUAUUUUGGAAGACCUUCACAAACUGAAGGAAGAUGGUCAAUUGAGAACCUCUGAUGAGGAUCGCAAAACAAAGUUUAAGUGGACUGAUGAAACUACCCUUGCUCUUCUCCAAAACUGCUUUGAAAUUGGGCCCUUUUACGGAUUUGAAAACAUCAAAUUAUCCUCACAAAGGAAACUGGAGCGCAGCAGCUUAAUUUCGCUUAAAUGGACCUGCAUUUAUUAUAACAUGGUCAGAUGUACCAAAUUCGAAAAUGGCAUUAUACCCACGGAACUUCAGUUGAAAAACAAGCUGAAAUACAUGCUAGAUCUUGCGAUGCCUAAGAUCUUUGAUGAGACGGAAACAUUUGAAGUCACGGGCAAUCCUCACAUAGAUUCGGUUUUAAUGGGCUUGGCACGUGCGAAGAGUGAAGCGGAUAUCCGUGGAAGACUGAAGAGUGAGUACGAUGACAAUGAUCGGAAAAGCUAUUUGCAAGACCGUCAAAGAGCCAAUGCGCAGAAUGCGAGUGAUGUACUACGUGCGGCGGACUUCCCAGGAUCGCUGGAAAGUGCUAGCAGGAAAGACGGAAGCCAAAUGAAUUGGCAGGGUAAGACGAAACGACGUCGUUCUUUUGAAAAAAUCGAACAAUUGGCUCGUCGAAUGAAACCGUUGAGCCCUUCAGGCGAAUUCUCACCUGAACUAAUACAGGGGUCUAAUGAAGAAGAGGAUGAUGUGGAACCUCGAUUACACUCGAACGGGAAUUCGACCUGUCGACUCCAUGGAGAAUCAAAUUUAUCAUUAUCGCAUGCCACAAAUCAAGAAGAGAACGAAUUUCGCAAUUUAAUCUUUCUCAAGCACUCACUUGACGCUAUGGCCAAAAGUCAAAUAAUUAAGGAUUCAGACCCACAAAUGUACGCAAAGAUUAUGACGGCAAUGAGAAGGAACAUCUCGAAAGCAACUGAGGAAAUGUAG